AUGUAAAGCGGAUUCUCAGUUUGUCGAAGAAAGGCUGGAUAGACUUUCAGAAAGACUCUUGGAUUGUAUAAUUAUAAAUUAGGACAUCAGUAAUAUCAUAAGGAACCUGGGAGUGUAUCAUUGAAUGCAGUGGAGCAAUUGAAGAAUACUAAGACUUACGAAGGGAUUAUGAGGAUUAGAAAAUUGAGAUAGGAAAGCGAUAGAGUAUUUGGAAAAUUUGUUGGAUCGAAAUUUGUGGUUGAUAAGAGUAGAAUUCCUUAAUACGAUAUACCAGAUUUGACCGGAUUUGAACUCAAACCUUAUGUAUCAUACCAUACUCCUCAAGUUGAUAAGGAAACUUAGACAAAAUUAGAAAGAAUGAAUGAUUUUAAUUUAAUUGAGAAUUUGGUACCUCGAUCGGAAACAAAAUUAUUAGAUAAGAAGUGACGCAUCAAUAUUAAGAAUUUUAAAUACCCUAUCUUAAAUAUCAUACUC